AUGUCGAUAAUUAUAUGGGGAAGCGAGAUGCUGGAAAGAGUGGAGCCGGAAAAGCCGGUAAUCACUCGGCAGCCAUCUGGAGCAGUUGAGGAAGGUGAACUGGUAACAAUUGAAUGCCAAACAACGGGUGGUAAUCCACCGCCUUCAUUUGUAUGGGUUUUCAGUAAUCGAUCUGUGGUACCCGAAGAAUGGUACCACGUAAGAUCGUCUAUUUCAUCCGAUCGACCAUCUGUAUCCAUUCUUCAGUGGCGAGUAAAUGCAGAGGAUAAUGAAGCUUAUUUGAACUGUCAAAUUUGGAACGAAGCAUUACCAGAGGGUGAGCAUAAAGACGCCAGCACAACUCGUUUAAAUGCAAGUUACUUUCUUUUUCUAAUUUGA